AUGCCCUUGUCUUCUUCCUCAGCCACGCAGCUGCCUGCGUGCCCUCUCCUGGCACCCCGAUGCCGGCCACCUCCUGCUACCGCCGAGGACGAGGAGACGUCCUGGAGGCCCUCUCUCCCUCCCUCGUCCCUAUCCCCUAUCCUCUCUCACGCGCGCCCCUCUCUCUGGCUCUUCUGCGCGCGCGGCCCAAACCCUAGCCCGCCGCAGAGCUCCUCCUCGCCGCCGUUCUACGCCGCCCCGCGCCCAACCAAUGCCGCCACGAGCUCCGCCCAGACUCCCUCGUCCUCCUCCGCCCACGCGUGCAAGCCGGGGAGCCCCGAAUCGGGCGAAUCGGGCUCCGCCUACGCUGCCGGCCACCGCCUCUCGCCGGCGACUCCGGCCUCCCCUCGUCUCGCCGUCGACACCAGAAGCUCCGCGGUGAGCUUCUGA